UAAUAUCUAUUAUGGUGCGCACUAAUAUUACACUACAAACUAGGGCACGGUCUGUCAUCUUGAGCGUCAUAGCCCAGUAUAUUCAGAUUCACCUUGAUUGUAGACGAAUACAGUAACGAGGAAAAAGAGUCCCUGGUGUCUCCGAAAUAAAGUAGCACAGGCAGGUUGCCGCUCAGUUCAUUCAUUAUAAAGAAGGGAACCAAAAUUGACAGCGCCGUGUCUGGGAUGGUGGGGUUCGCCUUUUUUCCUUCUGUCAAAGAAAUCCGGAACGACCCUUUUGCCAUUCUCGUAGCGCCGGGGAACCUGAUAAUCCACACGGGUUAGUUGGAUUUAUUUAGCCCCAAAAGUGCUUUAAAUCGGUAGGUGGGCGAGCAUGGGUGAGACAAAGGGCUUUACCCAUCGAGAGUUGUUCUAGAGCACCGCAUAGCUCACGAGAGUGUUGGAAAGGAGACACCGCGCGCUGGACAAUAUCUUGUUUCGCAUUUCCAGCAACAAAUAUGGUGCGUUCUAUUGUUUAUUUUACCACUGUCUGGACAUCCAAAGAACUACAUAAGAGUUGUAGGUGACAAACGAAGAAAUUCUAUUUUUAUUAUAUCGUCUGGACGAAUCAGUGAUGCGCGCACGAGCCUUGCACGAGCGUGUAUGUAAGAGGCACUAUAGCAACCAAACAGGAGAAGAGAACGCGCGAAACUGUGCGAUGUUUACAACAGAGGAUUGCUAGUCACUUUUGUAUUUUUGUGAAAUGUAUUCUUCUCGUGUUCGUCAAUUUCCAACUCUAAAUAUACAUUUGUGGAAUACAGCUAUCUUUUGAUGGGGCAGUCGCUUUAAUGGGAGGAUUUUUCUCUGGACUGCAGUUAAUAGAUUUACACAUCACUUUCACGUGAAACCCCAUUGUUGCGUUGAUAUUCAUCGUCUUAUCGAUUCUCGUCGAUAAGUGGAAGAAUGCCCGAAGACCUCUCCGCGGCCAAAGCCCUCUACAUGGGUAUGGAGGUGGUGAUCGCCGUAUCAUCGGUCAUAGGAAACGUGUUGGUGGUCUGGGCAGUCAAAAUUAACAGAUCACUGAGAGAUACUACGUUUUGUUUCAUUGUUUCUUUGGCGCUCGCGGACAUCGCAGUAGGAGCGCUGGUCAUACCCUUGGCGAUUACUAUAAGUAUCGGACUUCAGACUCACUUCUACAGCUGCCUGCUGGUAGCUUGCACUGUGCUGGUUUUGACCCAGAGUUCCAUCCUUGCCUUGCUCGCUAUAGCCAUUGACCGAUACCUUAGGGUCAAGAUCCCAACCAGUUAUAAGCGCUUGGUCACUCCAAGACGAGCUGGAAUAGCAGUAUUUGUGUGUUGGACGGUGGCCUUCAUUGUUGGCUUGACUCCCAUGCUGGGCUGGAAUAAUUUAAAUAACCUGCAACAUAAAAACGGUUCACUAGGUCCCAACCUCAUCAUCACCUGCCAGUUCGAGAACGUCAUCAGCAUGGAGUAUAUGGUCUACUUCAACUUCUUUGGUUGGGUGCUGCCCCCUCUGCUUCUCAUGGUCAUCAUUUACUCAGAGAUCUUCUACAUGAUCCACAAGCAGUUGAAUAAGAAGGUGAUGUGCCACGCUGAACCGAACAAGUAUUAUGACAAAGAACUAAAGCUGGCAAAGUCUCUGGCUCUAGUCCUUUUCCUUUUCGCUGUCAGCUGGCUUCCUCUUCACAUCCUAAACUGCACCACACUCUUCUGUCCAGGGUGUGAGAAGCCCAUGUUCCUCAUUUACAUUGCCAUUCUGCUCACACAUGGCAACUCUGCCGUCAACCCCAUCGUUUAUGCUUUCCGCAUCAAGAAGUUUCGUACCGCGUUCCAGAGGAUCUGGAAGCAGUACUUCUGCUGCAAGGAAGCUCCUCCCCCUGAUAAUCAUGCAAGCGAGAGACUGGAUAUCAACCAUUACAUUGCGGCUGCUGCUCUUCCAGAAGCUCCUUUCGAACAGAACGUUUGACUGAUGUUUCAGCACUCUCCGAUGAGGUCAAAUGGAUUCUAUGUGCUGGAUGUCUAAUGCUGUCAAGUCUUGGUUUGUUUACCACAGACUGUUGUGGUUGAAAAGUGUCUCUUUACUGGAAUUAUGAGACAGCAUUGCUUCAAAAAGACAGGAGUACAAGAGACCAGAAAAGUGAGUCAGAUCAUUUUAAAGAGAAAGUGCAGGAGGAUAACAGCAGGAAAUCUUGCUUUGUGAAGCAGCCAUGAAGAACAUUUCAGAUGUUUACUAGAAGACUCUUGUGACUUUAUUGUUAAGAUUUCAGUCAAUAUAUUGCCUAAGUUCACAAAAAGUAUUAUACAAAUUAUAAAAAUGUUGUGAAAUAUUAAAGAUAAAAUGUUUUGCUCAAAUGAGAAAUCCAAAUUUAACAAAAUGUGCAGUAUUGCCUAUUACAGAAACCAUUAUUAUUAAUAUGGUUAAUAUGGAAACGUCUGAUCACCAGUAAUGGGUUGUAAUAGAAUGUAUGCAGUACAGACAUCAAGGCGCAGUACACGGGUUUUUUGGUAGUAUUCUGAAGCUUUGUGCACAAUUACAGGAAAAGGAUGUCAGAAACAGUGACAAAAAUGAUGAGGUACCAUAGUGGACGAAAGCAUUUCUUGUCCUUUCAUUGAGUUUCUCUCUUCCACUUGAGUGUGUCUACGCAGGUCUGUUACUGUUGGGGCUUUUCCACUGAAAGGUACAGCUCGACUCGACUCGACUCUGCUCGCUUUUUGGGGGUUUUCCACUGUGGAUAGUACCUGGUAUCUGGCACUUUUUUUAGUACCACCUUGGUCGAGGUUCCAAGCGAGCCAAGCCGAUACUAAAUGUGACGUCGUACAAAAUCCUGCAGAUCACUGAUUGGUCAGAGAGGAUCGUCACUACCAGCAUCACUGGAUUUGCGACACGGGACAUCAACCCGCUAGAUUUAAAGUUAGCAACAGCGAUAGCAGUAUCAUUUGUUCACGUGACUUUCGAAUUGUAAAAAGAAAUGGCGGUGCACAAAACCAUGCCGUGGUCAAUAAACGAGGUGCAGACGUUUCUCUCAUUAGUGACGAACGAAACGACGCAAAACGAAAGAGUCUUUCAGGAAGUGUCUCAGAUGUUGGCUGCACACGGCUACCACAGGACCUACCAUCAGUGUAGGGGAAAGUUAAAAAAAACUUAAAAGUGACUACAGAAUCAUCAAGGACCACAGCAGCCGGAGUGGUUCAAACAGAAGAAAGUGGAAGUGGUUCGACCAAAUGGACACUAUCUAUGGCAAUAGACCGGCGAGCAAUGGGAGGGAGAGUGCCCUGGACUCAUCCACAGCGUUGUUGGGGUCCACGAUGGAGGAUGGUACGUUGUGUUACAUUAACUCUAUAUUCUGCUUGAAAACUUCACUUUAUUUAGUUGACCAGCUACUGGAACAACAACUGCGUUAUGCAGCACAAUGAGCUAGUACCAAACAGCUAGCGGUCAUGUUAUUGUUUAUGGUCAGUAAUGUUUGUGUCGCAUUUAAGAUGAUGUCACGGCAGUAGAGGCGGCACAACUAUUACGAUCAGCCUAUAAUCCCACCCAUGUUGAGGCGGCACUAAACUGCAGUGGAAAAGUAAGCUCAGAAAAGUAAAGUGAGCAGAGUCUAGCCGAGUCGAACCCAUGACGUGCAGUGGAAAAGUGCCAUGUGAUGGGGGGGGGGGGGUGUUAUUGAGGUUUUCUUGCCUUUAAGCAAAACUAUGUGUGUGUCAAAGAAAAACUGAACCUGUCAGAGUAAAUGAAGUAAAGACUCACUGAAGUCUAAUUUAUCAUUUUCUGUGGUGACAAGAAAGCAUUAGAGGAACCUUGAUUGUCAAGGCUUUUGGCAAUGCAUUACAAUCUCUACCAUUUGGAAGAUUUCAGGGUAUGAAUAAAAUGAUCAAAACUGAGUGUGUUAUCUUUCAGUAUUAUAGCAGUAUUUAGCUAUACAUUUUUUUCAUAAUCACACAGUAAUUAUUCAUUUUGAAACAAGCAGAAAAUAAAGAUUGAAGUCACACUAUUGGUAAAACAUACUUCACAAAACUUUUUUUCGAUUUCUCUUAAAAGGAUAGUUAACCCAAAAAAUUUAAAUUGUGUUAUAAUUUACUCACCCUAAUUCAAAACCUGACAUUCUUUCCCUCCAUGGAACACAAAAGGAGAUGUUUAGCAGAAUGUUUACACUGUUCUUUUCUAUACAGUGAAAGCAUACAUGACCAGGGACUGUCGAGCUCUUAUGGUUAGGAACGGCAUGAGGGUGAGCUAAUAAUAUCAAAGUAUUAAUUUUGGAUAGUCCAAAACCCUUUAAAGGAACAGUUUACCCCAAAAUUAAAAUUUUCUCAUUAUUUACACACCCUCGUGCUAUCCCAGAUGUGUAUGACUUACUUCUGCUGAACACAAAUUACGUUUUUGGCUCUGUAUGUCCACACAAUGCAAGUGAAUGGUGGGUUAAAAUUUUGAAGCUCCAAAGAGGCAGCACAAAUGUAAUCCAUAAGACUCCAGUGGUUAAAUCCAUGUCUUUUGUAGCUUUUGUGUGCUAAG